AUGGCUAACGAGCUCCACCUGCCCGGAACGUCUGGUUAUGGCGCCAGUUACUCGCCUUCGCCCUCUCCUUGUUGUUCUGACUCUUGUUGUCUUGUGUUGGUCGUGCGAAAGCCGAUCAGACUCGACGGCCCAGUGAAAACAGGCCAGGGUUGUGCGAAAGCCGACCGACUGACUGACAGGCCCAGUGAAAACAGGCCCUUGGUCGUGCGAAAGCCGAUCAGACUUGACGGCCCAGUGAAAACAGGCCAGGGUUGUGCGAAAGCCGACCGACUGACAGACAGGCCCAUUGAAAACAGGCCCUUGGUCGUGCGAAAGCCGAUCAGACUUGACGGCCCAGUGAAAACAGGCCAGGGUUGUGCGAAAGCCGACCGACUGACAGACAGGCCCAGUGAAAACAGGCCUUGA